AGUAUUUCAGAUUAUUCAGAGCCAUGAAGCCUCUCUUGCUGGUGUUUUUGGGUUUGCGGCUGUCUCUUCAGCAGGGAUAUAGCAGGAGAGACGAUGGGUCAAACUGCAGGCCAUUCACAGCCAGCUUUUGUCAAGGUGUGGGUUACACCACCAGCCUCCAUCCCAGCGGAGUCCAAGGCUACACCCUGCAGCAAAUUGGUCAGAUUGUGGAGACGGCCUGCUCACCGGCCAUCGCCACCGUCAUGUGUCGUGUUGUGGUGCCUGAAUGCAACUCUGAGAAUGACAGCCGGCUGAAACCAUGCAGAGCUCUCUGUGAGAAGGUCAAGACGGAAUGUGAAUCUGCCCUCAGAGCAAAGAGGUUGUACUGGCCAACGAAGCUCCGAUGUGACACUUUACCAGAAUCCAACUGUAUGCAGAAUCAGAACAAGCCUGUAACUGAAGCUCCCCCUGCCACCUGCCAGCCAAUCACAGUUCCUCUCUGCCAAGACCUGAUGUACACAGAAACCCUCAUGCCCAAUAUUCUAGGUCACACUACACAGGGCGAAGCACAUCUGGCAAUACAAUCGUUUCAACCACUUGUUCAGGUGGGGUGCUCUGCUCAACUGAAGCCUUUCUUGUGCUCCGUCUACACUCCCAAGUGCGUGUUCGGAAAAGCUCAGCGUCCCUGCAGAACGGUUUGUGAGCAAGCACGAUCCGGCUGUGAGUCACUGUUGAUCAAAUAUGGUUUUCAGUGGCCGGACCAUCUCAAGUGCGACACAUUUACUACAGAGUUCUGCGAAAAUGUUGCAUUCAGCAGCUUUACGGAAACACCUUCAACAUGUCAGCCCAUCACCAUUCCUCUAUGCAAAGACAUGCCUUACACAGAAACUGUGCUGCCCGGCAUUCUCGGGCACAAAACCCAGGAUGAUGCAGGCCUGGAAGUGCAUCAGUUUUUUCCACUGGUAAAAGUGCAAUGCUCCCCUCAUUUGAAGCCUUUCCUGUGCUCUGUCUACGUUCCCAAGUGUGAGGCAGGAAAACCUCGACCUCCUUGCAGAACGCUCUGUGAGCAAGCACGAUCCGGCUGUGAGUCAUUGAUGAACAGGUUUGGCUUUCAAUGGCCAGAAUCCCUCAAAUGCGAAAGAUUUACUGCAGAGUCCUGUGAACAAUAUGGAGUGAGCAGCAGUGGAGGAAUCUGCGAGCCGAUCACCAUCCCGAUGUGCCAGGGACUGUCCUACAACCAGACCAUCGUUCCAAAUCUCCUGGGACACACAAGUCAAAGAGAGGCGGUCACAAAGAUGUCCUUUUUCAACUCCAUAACGCAAAGUGUGUGCUCCGUAGACAUACGCCUCUUCCUGUGCAGGGUGUAUGCCCCUGAGUGCGUGGCUGGACAGGUGCGGCAUCCCUGUAGGUCAUUCUGUGAGAAUGCCAAACGGGCCUGUGAGGAUAUGAUGAACAAUAUUGGCGUUUCCUGGCCACAUGAGCUGCAGUGUAGCUCAUUCUCAGAGGAAUCGUGUGUGUCUGAAGACCAUAGGCCUGAGAAUAUGAAUGCUGAAGAUGUCCUCAGUAAACUGAAUGCUGCCGGCUUUUCUGUUCAUGGCAAAUCCUUAACUCUCAAGACGGCCCAGCUUCUGUUGACUCUCAUGGAUGCAGAUAAGACCAAAGACUUGACUGUAGUGGAGUUCUUCAAACUGGAGCACUAUGUGGCUGCAAUCAGGAGAGAGUAUGUAGAGAGUUAUGAGAGCAGGAAUCCACCUGCUGUCACUGAGACCCAAAUGAAAAAGGGCCUGUCUGCUCAUGAAUUUCGUUUAGAUGACGAAACCUUCAAAGUUCUGUGGCAGGAAUAUGGCUCCCAAAAUGGGAUCGACUACGACAAAUAUGUGGCUGUACUGACAAAACUUCGGAUCCUCCAAGAUCGUUUCCAGGCUCAUCUGCAGAAUAUGCCAUGUGACUGCCAAGUGGCCACCUUCUCUCUGAAGCAGUUCCUGAAUUCAGCCAUAAUCUGAGGAUCAAGCAGGAGUAAAGCGAGAUGAACCAGAAGAGGGAUGGUUUUAUAAAAGUUGCAUAGCAUUUUAGUAGCACAGAACUGUAGGAACCAUAUGUGUGAUUAUAAAUUCAGUCAUCUCAGUUAAUCAACCUUCACUGUGAAAGCACAGAAACAUUAGACACUGAAACUGUCUGAGCUAUUUCAUUAUAAUGUAGAAGCUUCUUUUUUCUGCAUUUGUAUUUUGAAUAUUCCAUAUAUAACUUGCCAUUUUGCAGAACUGUUACAUCUUACAUGCAUAAAAAUGCUCAGCUGA